GGUGUGGCUGUCGUGUAAUGUUGGACUGGAUCUUCACCUCUGUCUCUGGAGCGUGGGUCCUGUCCAGGGCUGCGACCAUUCCCUGGGUGUGUAGAGAACACACACGAAACAAAUUGGGAGCUUAGAGUCCGCGUAUCAAAGUCGAUUUAUUGUGCCUUGUUCAAGUGAAGGAUGAAAAUACCCAGUGGGCAAAGAGAAGGAGGUCAUGGGACUCCGGGAGGAUUACCUUGAACUGGAGUCAUGAGACUGCUCACAUGAUCACCACAAUAAGCAGCCUUCAUAAAGUGGUGAAGUUUCAUGUGUGGUGAGCUUCGUGGAGUCUUGCUAACUGGCCCAUUGGGCGCAGCGCUCACAGGAGCGGGAGAGCUGCUGCCGGUCUCCGUCUCUGCGUCUGCCUCUGCCAUCGGGAGCUUGAGGAACAAGAGGAACAUUUCAGAGGGUAGAGCUCUCCACAGGUCGUCCGCUGGGCUUAUCCUUCGUCUAUGCUCGUCAGAUCGGAUUGGAAGAUCGUAUGCUCAAAAGGCGUGGAUAGAGAGGAUCUUCCAGAAGCGAGAAUGCAGCACCAUUUUACCCACCAAGGAUCCCACCAGAUGUGCCUGCGGCCAGCUGGUGGCGGCGCACGUGUCCCCCGGGGCAGUGAACAGCAAGCCGGCCGAAGACAACCAGCUGGUGCACCUGGACGUCCCCCAGGAGAAGUGGUCCGUGGCCAAACACACCCGGACCUACCCCACCGACGCAUACGGCACCACAGAGUUCCAGGGCGGCGGCUUCGUCAACAAGGCCAUGUACAUCCGCGUGGCCUACGACACCAAGCCGGACAACCUGCUGCACCUGAUGGUGAAGGACUGGGCGCUGGAGCUGCCCACCCUCCUCAUCUCCGUGCACGGCGGCCUGCAGAACUUCGACCUGCAGCCCAAACUCAAGCAGGUGUUCGGUAAAGGCCUGAUCAAGGCGGCGGUCACCACCGGCGCCUGGAUCUUCACGGGUGGAGUCAACACCGGAGUGAUUCGGCACGUGGGAGACGCCUUGAAGGACCACUCCUCCAAGUCCCGGGGAAAGGUGUGUGCUAUAGGAAUCGCUCCCUGGGGCAUCCUGGAGAACAAAGAGGACCUCAUUGGAAAAGAUGUAACCAGACCUUACCAGACCAUGGCUAACCCACUGAGCAAGCUGGCGGUGCUGAACAACAGCCACUCCCACUUCAUCUUGACCGACAACGGCACCUGCGGGAAGUACGGGUCAGAGGUCAAGCUUCGGCGGCAGCUCGAGAAGCACAUCUCCCUGCAGAAGAUCAACACUCGCCUGGGCCAGGGCGUCCCCGUGGUGUGUCUGAUCGUGGAAGGAGGGCCCAACGUUAUCUCCAUCGCCCUGGAGAGCCUGAGAGACGAUCCCCCCAUCCCCGUGGUGGUGUGCGACGGCAGUGGACGGGCUUCUGACAUCAUCUCCUUUGCGCACAAACACUCAGAGGAUGAAGGAAUGGUCAGCGAUGAUGUCAGAGACCAACUGCUGGUGACCAUCCAGAAAACCUUCAACUACAGCAAGAGUCAGUCCCAGCAGAUCCUGCUGAUGGUCAUGGAGUGUAUGAAGAAGAGGGAGCUGAUUACCGUCUUCCGGAUGGGUUCAGAGGAUCAGCAGGACAUUGAAAUGGCCAUUCUUACUGCAUUGUUAAAAGGCACCAAUGCGUCCGCCCCUGACCAGCUGAGUCUGGCGCUGGCCUGGAACAGAGUAGAUAUCGCCCGCAAUCAAAUCUUUGUUUAUGGGCACAAUUUACCACCUGCUGGAGCUGUGGCCAACUGUUCGAUGUUAGCCUUGGAUAAGCCCAAGAGCCCGGUCAGCGGACCCCGCAACAAAGCCAGGGGCAAGAAGGGGAAGGGGAAGGGCAAGGCCAAACCAGAGCCCCCCGAGGAGACGGACCCCAGGAAGCUGGAAAUCAUUCGCUGGGUGAAUUCCCUGGAGCAGGCCAUGAUGGAUGCUCUGGUCCUGGACAGAGUGGACUUUGUCAAGCUGCUCCUGGAGAACGGAGUCAAUAUUCACCACUUCCUCACCAUUCCCAGACUAGAGGAGCUCUAUAAUACGAAACUGGGUCCGGCUAAUACCCUGCAUGUUGUGGUCAGAGAUGUCAAAAAGGGAAACCUUCCUCCAGAUUACCAGAUCACCUUGAUUGACAUUGGCUUGGUGCUGGAGUUUCUUAUGGGUGGAGCAUACAGGAGCAACUACACCCGCAAGGCUUUCCGCAACCUCUACAACACUCUUUAUGGGCUGAAACGGCCUAAAGCUCUGAAACUCCUCGGAAUGGAGGACGAUGAACCUCGAAAGGGUAAAAAGAAGGGCAAGAAAAAGAAAGAGGAUGAGGUGGAAAUCGACGUGGACGACCCCGAGGUGUGUCGCUUCAAGUUCCCCUUCCACGAAAUGAUGGUGUGGGCAGUGCUGAUGAAGCGCCAGAAGAUGGCGCUGUUCCUCUGGCAAAGGGGAGAGGAGGCAAUGGCCAAGGCGCUGGUGGCCUGCAAACUCUACAAAGCCAUGGCCCACGAGUCCUCUGAGAGUGAGCUGGUGGACGACAUCUCUCAAGACCUGGAGAACAACUCAAAAGAGUUUGGCCAGCUGGCCUACGAACUGUUGGAUCAGUCCUACAAGCACGACGAGCAGGUGGCCAUGAAGCUGCUCACCUACGAGCUCAUCAACUGGAGCAACUCCACCUGCCUGAAGCUGGCGGUGGCUGCCAAGCAACGAGACUUCAUCGCUCACACCUGCAGCCAGAUGCUGCUGACAGACAUGUGGAUGGGCUGCCUCAGAAUCGGCAAAAACCCUGGUCUCAAGGUUAUUCUGGGAAUCAUGUUCCCUCCUCUGAUUAUGCUCCUGGACUUCCGUGUCGGCGAUGACACGUCUUACCAAGGCCCGGUCGUAGGAGAAGCCGGGAAGGACAAGGACGAUGACAACAAGUCCAGACAGGACGCCAACAAUGACACCAUGUCUCGGAAAGGAGAUGAAGAAGAGGGAAGCACUCACGUCCGCAAGAUCCCCAUCGGAAAACGCUACUUUGAGUUCUAUGACGCGCCCUUCACCAAGUUCUGGUUCAACACGAUCGCCUAUCUGGUGUACCUGAUGCUGUACAACUACAUCAUCCUGGUGAAGAUGGAGAGAUGGCCCUCUCUGCAAGAGUGGAUCGUCAUCUCUUACAUCCUCACACUGGGCACCGAGAAAGUCCGGCAGAUCCUGAUGUCAGAGCCGGGGAAGCUGAAGCAGAAGAUCAAUGUUUGGCUUGAGGAGUACUGGAACAUCACGGACCUGGCAGCCAUCAUUACCUUCCUGAUGGGCCUCAUGCUCAGGCUACAGCACGAGCCAUACCUGGGCUACGGCCGGGUCAUCUACUGCAUCGACAUCAUCUUCUGGUACAUCCGCGUGCUCGACAUCUUUGGCGUCAACAAAUACCUGGGCCCUUACGUCAUGAUGAUAGGAAAAAUGAUGAUUGACAUGAUGUACUUCGUGGUGAUCAUGCUGGUGGUGCUAAUGAGCUUCGGCGUGUCGCGGCAGGCCAUCCUCCACCCUGACGAGGAGCCCACCUGGAGGCUGGCCAGGAACAUCUUCUACAUGCCCUACUGGAUGAUUUAUGGGGAGGUUUUUGCGGACUCGAUAGACCGUAAGACUAGAAUUCAUAUCUACGCUAUGGAAAUCAAUCCACCCUGUGGUGAACACUUGUACGAUGAGGACGGUAAGAAGCUCCCACCGUGCAUCCCUGGUGCCUGGCUCACCCCUGCCCUCAUGGCAGGCUACCUCCUGGUCGCCAAUAUCCUUCUGGUCAACCUGCUCAUCGCUGUCUUCAACAACACCUUCAUGGAGGUGAAGUCCAUCUCCAACCAGGUGUGGAAGUUUCAGAGAUAUCAGCUGAUCAUGACCUUCCAUGACCGGCCCAUCCUGCCCCCUCCGCUCAUCAUCUUCAGCCACCUCUACAUCGUCUUCAACAGGCUGUUCCGACGAUGUGCCAAGAAGAAGGUGGAGGGGGAGCUGGACGAGAAGGACAGAGGACUCAAGCUCAGGCUGAACCCAGAGGAGCUUAAGAGUCUGUACGAGUUCGAGGAACAGUGUGUGGAGGAAUAUUUCCGUGAGAAGGAAGAUGAGCAGCAGUCCUCCAGCGAUGAGCGCAUUAAGGUUACCUCCAAUCGAGUUGAGAACAUGUCCAUGCGUCUGGAGGAGGUGAACGAGAGGGAGAACACCAUGAAGGCCACCCUGCAGACGGUGGAUCUGCGCCUGGCCCAACUUGAGGAGAUUCACGGGCGAAUGGCGACGGCCCUGGAGAAGCUGGCAGGCGUGGACCGAGGGGAACUGACUCGCACGUACUCCCGCAACUCCUCGGUGGGAGACCCCUCCUCCCUGAUGCGCCAGAGUAGCAUCAACAGCGCAGACGGCUACAGCCUCUACCGCUUCCACAUGGACCUGGAGGAGACGGCAGCCAAGCAGAAGGAAGCAGAGGAGGUGGGGAAGACAGGACUGGAGAGGCAGAGGAGCCUUCGACAGUCAGCCAGCUCCAUCAGCCCCAAGGAGUACGGCCCCACGUUGGACGUCAGCGGGCCAGAGAGGGUUCGAACAAGCUCCUGUGUGGAUAUCCUCAUAUCACCGUGUGAGCAAAAGUCCUCAUCCCGAGAAGGAAGUCAAGAAAAUGUCACCCACAGUUCGUCUGAUUUGACACCAGAUGCUAGCUACCCACUGGCCAAAUCACUGCCCAAACUACGUCCAGAGAUGGAUAAACUUAAAAUUGUCCCGACCAGUGCCAAAAGGGCCAAAUCCUUAAGACAAUAUCCCUCUGAAGAACAGAGAACAGGUCCCAAGAGGGCUAUGAGUAUAGUAAACAUUGUCCCAGAUAUGACAGAAUCAGAGCAAGACGCUCAAACCACACAGAAGGCACAACCCUGGCAACCCACCUCUUCUUCACCCCAGAGGACUAAAUCAUUGAGAUGUUUGCCAAGAGAAAGCCCACGGAAGUCAAUUAGAACAAGGAGGGCUUCGAGCGGCUUGGUCCUUAUCCAGGGGGGCGAGGGUCAUGAGUUACAGCAACCGUUGGACACCAAAUCGCUGGUGGAACAGUUUACGGAAGAUGUCCAACUGCAGCCGGUUGACAGCUUGCUUGCGGUCAACACCCUCAGUCUCUCUGAGCAUAUACCCCCAAUGGUCCCGACUCCGGCCCAGAAGCUUGACGUUCCCCAGGCGCUUGAAGAACCUAGCGCAGCCGUACCGGACCAGGAGCCUCCUAGUGACGGGACACCUUCAGACAUAGCAGGAUCCGCUUCAGAAACCAAUCUAUGUGAAAAGGAACCGCCUCCCAGUCUGAGGGUAGCCGAUGAGGCGGUGGUGUCAUCCCAACGGUCAUGGAGCUGGAAUACAGGUGACAUGGAGGCCAGGGGCUUGACUGUGCCCUUCAAGUCAAGAGUCUCAAGCAGUCUGACGGACAUUGCUGGGGCAUCUCUUGUUCUGACUGAUACUCUGCAACGUGGAGAAGGAGAGGGAGAACUACUGAGGAGUGCAGAUGAGCAUGUGGUGGAAGACGGAGCUGAUAAGGUGGAGGCCUCUGGAACAAUGGAGGUCCAAAGUGGCAACACAGAAAGCCAGGAGAAUAAAGAACCGGAGGGGAUGGAACCAGAGCAAAGAGCACCCGAGUGAAAGUCACACCGAAACAAGGCAGCAGGAAGCAGUAUGACAAUCAAAGAAACAAGACUUUUAAUUAACAAUCAACACCACAGCUCAGUCAGUAUCAUAAAUAGGUUAUUGCAAAAUGAAAUACCACGCUUGUUAAAAGUCACAUUUAACAUCUUUACUGAAACAUAUUAGUGUGAAAUUUCGACCAUUACAGCUGUGCAAAGUACUUUGAUGUGAAUGUUGGCAAUUUAAGUUUAAUGUAUGAAUGUAUACUAUACAAGUUGAAAUUAAAAUAAAAUAAAUAAUGCGCAGCCCA